CUCCGGUGUGCUGGAGUGAGUCUGAUCCCUGACGCCGCACAGACUCUGAACGAAGUCGGGGAGGAAAUUAUUAAAUUCCUCUUCUUCUUCGGGUUUUAUUUUGGAAACUGACAUGGCAAAAGGAAAGAAAAAUGUGCUGAGAAACGACAGAAAGCUUGAGGACAGUGUUGAAAGUAAAAUCAGCUCGCGGAAGGAGACAAAGGAAAACAAACCAGCCACAAAUAAAGAUUUUGUCAGCACAUUGCAGACUGUUUCCCAGAGUUUAAAGAGUCAAAGCAAACCUCGAUCUCCACUGAGCGACAAUUCAAGCAUGCUGAUCCAGGAGGGAAAUGAGUCUGAUGCAGCAAAUCCUGAUGCGUCAAAGCUGAAAAAAGAUAUCUCUCAUCACAUAAAACCUGCGAGUUCUGAGUUCAAAGAGCCUAAGUCUGAAACAGCAUCGCAUUGUUCAGGGAUCACAGAACCAGCCGCUGAUCAGCUCAAACAAAAAGAGCCCAGCACUCACAUCAACGUCAGGACAACAGAGAGCAAAGUUUCCUCAUCCAAACCUCGGAGUAGAGCUGGACGCAAACUUGGAGCAAAGAAGACAGAGAAUAAAGCUCCACAUAACAGGAAGGUCACAGAUUAUUAUCCCAUCAGACGAAGUAACAGAAAAACAAAGGAAGAGCUGAAGAACGAAGAACACAGACACAUUGAUGACCUGAUAAAGAACGGCAUUGAGGAAGGAAUGCAGGUCAAACUCAUAGAGGGAAAAGGAAGGGGGAUAUUUGCUUCAAAGGGAUUCAAAAAAGGAGACUUUGUGGUGGAGUAUCAUGGAGACCUGUUGGAACUAGAAGAGGCUAAAAGAAGAGAGGCUCAGUACGCUCAGGAUCCACAAACAGGCUGUUACAUGUACUACUUCCAGUACCAGGCUAAAACAUACUGUGUGGAUGCUACAAAAGAAACUGACCGUCUUGGUAGGCUGAUCAACCACAGUAAAAAUGGAAACUGUCAGACGAAGCUUCAUCCCAUCGAUGGGACUCCUCAUCUGAUCCUGGUGGCCUCCAAAGACAUCAAAGCAGAGGAGGAGCUGCUGUAUGACUACGGCGACCGGAGUAAAUCUUCGAUCUUAGCUCACCCAUGGCUCAAAUACUGAAUCCUCUACCUCUGCUGCUCACAACUCCUCCUGUAAAUGUUCUUGACCUCAAAUGAAUUAGUGCUAUGUGUAAAAAAAUAUAUAUAGUGAAGAAGACUUUUUUUUUUUUUUUUUUUUUUAAAUAUAAAAAUGUUUUUGUUUUACAUCCAGGCUAAAACAUCAACUCUGUGGGAAGUGUAUUUUUGCAACUGUUGUUUUAUUAGGCUUUUAUAAAUCUUUUUUAUUAAGUCAUUGACGAAAGUUUGAAGAAUAUUUCUCCUGGAUACAUAAUGUCAUGUAUCUAUGAGGUUUCAUUUUGUGAUGAGUAUAAUUGAUGAUACAUUUUCACUAUUGUAAAUUAUUCAAUGUGCUGUAAAUUGAAGAAUAAACACUGACUUUCCUUUCCA